UUUGGUCAUGAACAGUUGAAGAAAUGACCACUAGGCCGGAGAGAUGUCACUGUUGUCACAUCAACCCCUUUAUCCUGCUCUAUGACUGGCAGCUGUCUGACUGUGUGGAGCUCUCAGGGUCAUGAUGUCAAGACAGGGGUCAGACUAAUCUGGCCGAGUACGACAGGGGGAGGACGGCGGGGGGAGGACACUGGGCAUUUGGCAGCAGCUCUCCCUUUUCUGGCAGCACCCAGCACAGCCGCAGAGCCAAAGCAACCAGGAUAUGGGCAAAAAACCAACUUGUUCCACUUUGAGGCUGGACUGAAAGCAGCUGAAGUGGCGCUUAUGCUGAGGCUCUCAGAUGCAGGAGACCAGCAGGAGGAGACGUUCUGCUGAUCCAGCAGAGAGGACUGUGUGGACAACCUGUUGGUGUGCUGAGAAAAGUCGCUUGUGCCGGAUGUUCAUGGCCAAAUGUAGAGCAGUGGUGGCUGAUGAAAAGCAGUUUAGAGACACAAUGUCGGCCUCUCAGAGGAUGAACCGCAGUGGUUUCUACAACUACUUCCUCAACAUGGUGGCCUAUCAGAUAUGCUGCUGCUGUGGACCGGCUCCCUGCUCGCUCUGCUGUGCCUUCUGUCCUCCGACCAAAUCUUCCACUAGCACAAGGGUGAUGUACACUCUCUUCCACAUCAUGAGCUGCACCGUCUCCUGCCUCAUGCUGUCCCGCACCAUCUCAGAGCUCGUCAGGGAAAAAGUGCCUUUUUUCAACAUGGUGUGUGACCAGGCGCAUGGUGGGGGCCACUGUGAGAUGCUGGUCGGCUACUCAGCGGUCUACAGAGUCUGCUUUGGCACUUCCUGUUUCUACUUGAUGAUGGCGAUGUUCCUCAUAGACGUGAAGUCCAGUCAGGACUCCAGAGCGCUCAUACACAACGGCUUCUGGUUCUUGAAGUUCAUCACCCUGCUCGGGAUGUGCACCGCUGCCUUCUUCAUCCCUACAGAGUCCUUCCUGCAUGCUUGGCAUUAUGUUGGUGUGGUGGGAGGAUUUGCCUUCAUUCUCAUUCAGCUCAUCCUCAUUACAGCUUUUGCACACACCUGGAACAAGAACUGGUUGACCGGAGCAGCAGAAAACAAGCGCUGGUACCUGGCAGUGACGUGCGCCACCCUCUUCUUCUACACCAUCGCCACCAUGGCCUUCGCCUUCAUGUACAAGUACUACACACACCCCAUCGCCUGCCACUUCAACAAAGCCCUGCUGUGGAUCAACCUGGGACUGUGCGGCCUCAUGUCCUUCAUUGCCGUCACACCAUGUGUGAAACAGAAGCAGCCUCGCUCAGGACUCCUCCAGGCCUCCAUCAUCAGCUGUUACGUCAUGUACCUCACUUUCUCUGCUCUGUCCAGCCGCCCGCCAGAGAAAGUGGUGUACCAGGGCAUGAACAUGACCGUCUGUUACCCCAGUGUGGGACAAGACGGGAUCCAGAAAGAAGGCAAUGCUGUGGCCAUCAUCGGAGCUGCCAUCAUGUACUGCUGUGUCCUCUUUGCAUGUAAUGAGGCCUCCUAUCUGGCAGAGGUGUUUGGGCCAUUUUGGAUGAUCAAGGUUUAUCGCUAUGAGUUCCAGAAAGCCACCUGCUGCUUCUGCUGCCCCGAGGAAGAGGAAGAAUCAAAAAUCAGAGCUGAUCCAAACGCAGACACACAGACGGGUCACUUGGAUAAAAAUGGUGAACAGGCUUACCUCAAGCACAUCCACAAAGACAAGGCAGGCAGGGUUGGUGACAGGGACACAGCUGAAGAGGAGUUUGAGAUUGAUGAUGAGAUUAAAGGCUGUCAGAAGGUCAUUCACAACGAGACCCAGAGAUUGGCCUACAGCUACUUCUUCUUCCACUUUGUCUUCUUCUUGGCCUCGCUCUAUGUCAUGAUGACCCUCACUAACUGGUUCAGCUAUGAGUCAGCAGUGUUGGAGACCACCUUCACCCAUGGCUGCUGGUCUACCUUCUGGGUGAAGAUGUCAUCCUGCUGGGCCUGUGUGAUCCUGUACCUCUGGCUGCUGCUGGGCCCUCUGUGUAGCUGUCAGUCUGAAGCCAGACCUCGCCGCUCGCGUAUAAAACGGCGUUCCGCAUCGCCCUGCCAUGUUUCUGUCAGCGUCUGACACAGCGCCCAGGCAGGAGGGAGGCGGACAUGAACGGUGAAAUGACUCUGAGCCUGCCUGCAGGGCCCUGCAGCUCACAGGGGUCAAAGACUCAGUGCUGUGAGGUCAGAGGCCUCGGUGCUCCGUUGACAUGUGAAGAACAAAGGCUCGACUACAGUACAUGAAAUUAAACCACUAAUGAGGACUUGACUGUGGUGCGAGUUGCCAAAGGGAUAAGGAGUGAGCUCUCACCAUGUGGAAAUGACAGUGUCAGUAGAUGCAAAGAUGGAGACAUUUAUACAGUCCUACAGUUUAAAUGUAGUAUUUUAUGGCAGUAUUUAGACUUUUAAUAUUAUAACAGAGGAAUGUUAGAUAUUUGUUGUAAUAUUGAUACAAAAGCAAAUGUUCAAAGUUUUUAAAAUGAUGAACAAAACAAUCUGUCCUGGAAAAGCAACGCCCUGUUUGUCAUCUGAUCUGAGACAGUCGAUGGUUGAGCUCAUGAACAGACCUUCCUCAGUGUCGGGGGGGCCGAGUCCAAACUGAGAUCGGGUUGCUACAUUUCAGUAGUUUACAAACAACAGCUCCAUGGUAAAAAUGUGAACAAUAAACACAGACGUAAACUAAAUAUCUGAGGAAAUCCUUUAUGUACUUUUUUCAACCACAGGCGGCCUCUCUGUGAUUUAAUCUGUGGAAUCACUGGAAGAACUGUUUCUAUGUGAAAUUUUUCUUAAUACCUGCAUCAUCUUUUUUAUUUUUAUCAACCAAAACUCAAAUAAAAAUUCCAGUCUUCCAGUUUUUGUCAACUGAACUUCUGGGUUCUCAUUUCACUCUCAAGUUCAGUAAAUGAACUGUUAUAUUAGAAGCCUUAGAAAAAGUUCAGCAUUUUGGCAAAUACUCUGCAUCUGAAGAGGAAUGAUUUUAGUACAUGACUCCCUGCUAAACCACAACUUGUUGCUUGUCAAUUCCUGUUUCUGUGCAUAUUAUAAAGUGGAGAUAGAGUGAGUUAAUCUCUGCACUAUACAGGUUUAGUUGGUGUUCUGUAGCUCUUGACACAGCCAGGCUGUGCCUCAUCUCUGGUCUUCAUGCUCUGGCCUAUAGCUUCAUAGUUCAUGACAUGACAGUAGUGUCAAUCUACUCUCAUCAAAAAAGCAAAGUGUAUUGCUUAAAAUGUCAAACUAUUGCUUAAAUCCAGUGUAAAUGCUGCCAAUUUUUACAAAACUUUAAAUUGAAAACUGGUGCUGCAACCACAGGGAAUGGAGAAGUCAUGCUGCAAUUACAGAAUAAUCGCUUGGACUUUAUUUCACUUACUGCCAACAGUUACAAUCCAGAAAACAUACAGGCAGAACCAAUGUAAUUUCCUCCUUUCAUUCAAUAAGAACAGCAAGUGAUGCAGCUUCGGGACUGGUUCUUUAUUCUAACUCAAAGCCAAAGAGAGAUUUGUUCAUGUGUUAAAAUAAAACCUGAAGUGUCACAGACCACAGGUUGUCUUUCAGUACUUUCUCUGCAUCAUUUCAUAAGAUUGAUAUGUGUUUGCUCAGCAACAGGAGGCGUAACAGAACAACCCAGAGGCAGCUAAACUGAAAUGUACAUAUGAUGUUCUUCAAAGUUCAACAGGAGAUCUGUUUAAUUUGGGCAAAAAUACUUUGCAUAUGACUGACAAUGAGGAACAGGUUUCUUUACAGUACAUCAUUCACUUCUAAACUUAAUCAUGUCUAAAUAGAAAGUUGUGAUUGUUUACAUGAUGCUUUUUGCAUCUGUUACUCGAUUUCGAACCAGGAGUGCUAAAAAAGGCAUUUUCUAUCUCAUGCCUUCAGAUGAGGUGGUCAUGUCUAGAAGAUGCUGAGGUGAACUGUGUUGUGAAUCUGAAACCGCCCCCGCCCCCAACACGCUGAUGUUGACGUGCACAAACUGAGCUGGGCAUCUGCACUGACUAACAGAAGUACUGUGGCAGAAAUAUAUGUAUACAGUUAUAUCACCUGUACUUCUGAGUAGUGCUCCCUUUGUUUUAGAUGUACAGCUGCUUUGUAAAUACACAGUUUUCUUAUAAAUGCUGCUGUUCUGAGUCCCGUCUGUCAAAGCGUGUGCUACAGGUUGGAAUUAACAAUAAAAACCAUUCAAACGUGUGCUCAGCUUUAACUCCUAUUUAAGUUGCAGUGGUUGGAUUUUGUGAGCAUCUCUGUUAACUAUAUCUCAGAGACAGGUAGUGAUUACCAUCCACUUAGAAACUUUUUUGGUGCAAGAGGUUUGAGACAAAAAGUGACAUUUCAGAUGCAUUACAAAAGGCACAGACGUUAGUCGACCGCAAACAAUUACACUCAACUUAUGCUUUGGUAUAUUUGUAGCUAAUCAAUGCCACACAAUAAGAUGCCCUAUAUUUCAUAUGAACAUACUAUAAACACGAAUACACAGACAAAUAAAACAAGAGUAACACAAGUACUCUGUUAUGAUUUUAGCUUAAUUUUAUAUAUAAAUACAUAGUGAAGCAAUACAUUGUUAGAUAUCUUUAGAGCUAAACAAAAAAAUCCACCUUCAAAACUUUGGUGUGCGAGGUUCAGUAUUUGUGUUUUUGGCAAAUGUCUUUUUUAUUUCUAUUAUUUUAAUGUUUUCUGACAUUUCUAAGAUAAAUGUACCUGAACAUGUUGCAUUUCACUACAGUGGACACAGCGUUCUGGAGGUACUGCAGAUUUUCUUGAUGAAAAUUCCCACUUCAAAGCUUCCUUUAAAAUUUUCCCCACUGUUCCUCAAAACACAAACUCUGGGGUUCAUGCAUAAUGUAAAGAUACUUCAGGUUUGUAUUAUGACCCCAAAGCCUCACAGUUUAAUUCUGAGGGACUGACACCAAAACCAGACUUUCACUGUUAAUACCAGGGAAUAUGUCCAGACACACACUGAAUAUGGAAAGUUUUCAGACUCUUUCAAAUUUCCCGCAUUUUGUUAUG